AUGCUAUCGUACGUGCUAGCGUUCCUGGAGCUUGCGGAAAGUAUUCGGAUCUUAUUGGACAAAAUGAUCGUUUGCAAAGUUCUUCUGUUCAAAGCCCGGAGGCAAAAUGUUGUCGCGAGCAAGCAGAAUGAGUACCAUGAGCGCCCAGGUGACCAAUUCGGACGAUGUAACUCUCUUGAAGUUUCACGGGAGAGGAGUGCAAACUCGUGGUCAGAUCCAUUCAUUGGUCGUCACGAGCAUGAGGAAUUCCUCGCUGAGCUUUCUGAAUUGGAUCUUUUAAAAAAUGAUCUAUCCGUUAACGAUUCACCUUCUUCUGGUCUUGCAACCCCUCCGCAUUGUACUGCUGACCGGAAUGUUGUCUUCAAUGAUUGGGACUGGUUAGAAAAGUUCGAUCCUCUUGAUAUUCCGAAUCCCGGCCGAGGAACUCCUGUAGAUAUUUCUAAUUCUACCUCGCAGAAUCCAGCUGAAGAUUUCCUUGAGCGAACUACCGCACUAAUCGAUUGGAAGGCUUGGAAUCAUUAUCUGAGCAAUGACUGGGAAAGUGAUCUCGGCCUACAAAAAGGAGACAAUGAGACCGAUUCAACGAGGAGUUCUAUUUCAUCGCAACAACCUCAUGAAGUUCUCAUCUCUUGUGAAUCUGAGCUCAAGGAAACCAGUGCGCCAGAUUUGGAUGUAGCUAUUGUUCCCGUAUCAGGUCCUCUCACCUGGAUCCCGUCAAUCCAUGGAAACGAUCACGUGGAGGACAGCAACUGUGAUGUUAUGUCAUGGAACAGUGGUCCUUCGACAAGAGAUAGCAGUCCGGAGAGAGUAAUUAAGCGUCGUGGUGUAAAAAUGAAGCCACCAAGUGAUGAGGGGACAAACCAUCGCCGUUGUUUGAACCGAGAGGCUGCGUUCCGUUAUAGGGAGAGGAAACGUCAAGAACAGCGUGAACGUAAAAGAGAGCUGGAACAGCUUGUAUGUCACAACAGAAUUUUAAAGGAACAAUUAAGACAACUCCGCAGUGAUAUUGCCGAGUGGCGAUGUAAACUCAAUCGAGCAAGGAAGUGA